UUGAAUUCAUUCGCACCUUGAACAGCUGUAAGGAUGCAGCCAAACAGUAGCAACAACUGCUUUACAGCCUGCCUUUGGCUGCUGCUCUUGGGACUUUAUCUAUUGCUUGUGGUGCAAACUGAAAGCGCCAGCUUGGAAUCAACCAAGCAGGAAUUGCAAUUGCGUGAACUGGAACCCAAAACAGAUAACGAUGCUGGCAUACCCUUGGCACGCUUCUCUGCAGGACGUCAUAAUCAACGCGCCAUCUGGCUAGGCUCAAAACUUUAUCAAGCUUCACGCUCAAAGUUACCCAUGGCUUUGGAUCUCUUGCUGGACAGCGCUGAAGGUGAGCGCUCCAAGCGUUUCGAUGACUAUGGACACAUGAGAUUUGGCAAGCGUGGCGGUGAGGAUCAAUUCGAUGACUAUGGACACAUGAGAUUUGGACGUUAAGGGACAACAUAUUGGGGCUUUCUAGGAAUGAUUUGCUUUUGUAAAUAGUAAUUAUGCUUAUAUUCACGUGCAUACGAUAUAAAUACAUACA